AUGGAUUCCGAAACUGAAAAUGGUACUUCGUCCGGGCUGUUCAAAUGGACUAUGGACGCUCUCUUUGGCACUAAGAUAUCUCCAUCAAAGAAGUACAAACAGAAUUUUUACUCUCAGGAUGAUACAAACUAUAAUAAUAUGAGACGCACGAGACUACAGAAAUCAAGAUCAAAUUCAUUUGAUGGGUUUAGUCCCACGUUUUGUAAUAAAUACGAUCUUCUUCACAAUGACAAGACAGAUUCCUUACCUUCAUAUCAUGAUGGGCUCGAUAACUUGAUGAGUCCCAUACAUCUAGCGACGAAAAAUAAAGGGCAGCACCAUACAGAUACUUUUGCUAAUAAGAAUUUAAAGAAGGAUUAUAUCUUUCAAUAUAAAUCUCCACAGAAAGAUGAUCCAUUGAUAUCGAGACUUUUUCAUGAUCCUAGGAUACGAAAGGAUGUCACAGAUCACACCCAGGUCCCAGGUAAGUUCCCAUCGCCGCUCAAGAGACAACAGCAGCGGCAACAGGAUCUUGUAUCUAAUAACGAUUAUAAACUACUAUUAACUGAUUUGAAUGAAAAUAAUAAACUACUCUCAGAUAUUAGUAACGAAAUUAAACAACAGAAUGACAUUGCCAUAGAUGUAUUGAAUAAAGAGAAUGAGAUGCUCAAAUUAGAAUUGGUAAAAAGGAUUAACUAUAUCACUGAAUUCAAUGAAAGAUAUUUGAAUUUAAGACAAAAAUAUAACACUUUGAAAUUUGAAAAUAGCGAAAAUAAAGAUAAAAUAAACAUGUUGAUGGAAGAUAAGACUUAUUUGAAUGCCAGAAUAAUCAAAUUAGAACAAACGAUAAGUGGUUUAAACAUCGAAAAUGCAAGAUUUAAAAAUGAAUCAAAAUUUCCCAUAAGAGAUCGGUACCGGCACCCAUCACGCUCAAAUAAUCACAACUUCGAGAGCGACAGCUCUUUGGACACGCAGUAUUUGUUAAGGAAUUUAUAG